AUGGCCGUUCUUCUCCUGCCCGUGGUCCCUAUUGGGACCGAGAAAAACCAGCAGCGGUUUCUCUCCCUUCUUCAUAGUGUGGCAGAAGAAACAUGGAAGGAAGAACCAGACUGUCUGGGCUACUGCUGGCUGAGAUCCGCCUCGCCAGCAGACCUGCGCGUCUGUGGCUUCGAGAUGUAUUCCAAUCCAUCGGCCUUGACAGAGACUCAUCGAGCCGGCUCUGCUUACGGAAGGUUCAAAGAUGCUCUCAAGAACGAGAGAUUGGCACCGCCUCCCUCCCCCGACGACCUGAGAUUUUGGUAUCCCGUGCCAGGCACCCUUCAAGAGUUGACCAAGUCUCACGGUGAAGACACUCCGUUGACUUUCCUGGUGAGCAAGUACCACUUAGACACCUCUGAGAGACGGGACGCAUUACUGAAAGAGUUGGGUUCGGCACAUGGGAGGUCUCAAACCACGGCCGCAACACGCAUCGUGGCCACCACGCCUGACUGCCACGAUGUUGUCACGGUGCAAAUCGUGCGCUCGACCGAGACAGCCGUCUUGGUAGCUAAGAUGGAAGCAGAAGAGUCCAGGACGAGAGAGAUAGGGGUGUCGGUGACUUGCGAUCUCUGGCGAACAUCUUCUGUCGGGUUUCUUCGAGGAAACGUUCACAAGGGCAAUUGA